AUGUUCACAUCAUCAAGAAGGGCGCAUCCCUGGAAACGAAUCACAAGAACAACACAAUGCUGCUUAUACUCAACUACUUCUAACCGCCCCGACGCAGCAUCAAUAGCAUCCUCAUUCCUCUCCAAAUUCCAAACCCGCAGUCCCCAAACCCGCACCCAAUUACUGGAUGCAAAUCAACUGCAUCUCCUCACAUUAACCCUCAAUCGUCCAACCUUGUACCCUUCUCCUACUCCUCCCACGACUACUACUACUUAUACUACUACUUCCGUUACUGAAUUACCAAAUGGAACUCCCCUGCCCCCAGGCUAUCAUCUAGUCUACUUCACCCCUUCCUUCCUCGAAGCCGAGUUGGGCGCCGAUGGGACUGAUACCUCCUACAACCCUUCCUUCCCUUUCACGCGACGCAUGUGGGCUGGCGGGGAGACCGUUAGGGAGACGACAAAGGUGCUCAGUGCGGAGCCGAAGAUUGUACGCAAAACGGGAGAGGAGAUGAUUGUUGUGGGUGUGGAGAAGAGGUUUGAGAAUGAGAGGGGGGUUGCUGUUGUUGAUCGGAGGAAUUGGUUGUUCAGAGAAGCACUUCCAUAUGCAACAACGGGCGAUAAAAAGGAUCAUAUCCCCUCACCAAUUGCGCAGUCAAAUCCUAAUUCAGCGUCUCUAAAGCCCCAACAACUCAUCAAAGAAGGAAGAAAUAUAUACAGACGCCCCUUCCGCCAAACACCGGUCUCCCUCUUCCGCUUCUCAGCCCUAACCUUCAACCCCCACAAAAUCCACUAUUCACUCCCUUGGGCUCGUGAUGUAGAGGGCCAUCGCAAUAUCGUCGUUCACGGCCCACUGAAUCUGGUGAACAUGUUGGAUUUGUGGCGGGAUGUUCAAUACGCCAAGAACGAGCAGCUAGAGGCGGCGGAUGAGAAGGAGUUGAUUGUGCCGGAGAGGAUAGAGUAUAGAGCCACGAAUCCGCUUUAUGCGGAUGAGGAUUAUGGGAUUGUGCUAGAGGAGGAUGCAGAAAAUGGGAUGAGUAGGGUGAAUGUUUUUAAUCAUAAUGGGGUAGUUUCGAUGAAGGCGGAUAUUAAGGCAUAG